AGGACUGAUUUUAUUUUUGCCCGGUCUUUGUGAACUUAUUGCUCAGCCGACACUCGCAUAAUGAAAUAUACGUUAUAAGAAAUUCUUUGUACUAAAUGUAUUUUUGUACCAGCAUGUAAAAAAAACUAUGUUUCCAGUACUUACUUUCUUUAGUUACUCAUUUAUUUUACAGAACUCCACUUAUCAAAUUAAUCAAAAUCGUAAUGUUUCUUCUACCAUCCGUAUCAUCUCAUUACGUACAUUAUAAACAAAUAUAAUGCAAACAUUAAACGGGUUUUGUGUAUUGGUCCUGAUGUCUGACGGUAUAAAUUCUCUGCAACGAUCAUAUAACGAGCAGUUUUGUUGAGAGUAUUAACGCGUAAACUUAGAAAUGAUUACUCAAAGUGUUUUCUACCAGCUUUUCAUCUUGUUGGUGCUCUAUUCCUGUCGCACUACCAUAUUUGUAAUGAGCUACGACGGUAUUCGUGAUCCAAAGGCUGCAAUCACUUCUCUUAUGACGUACAACGAGACGAACGAUUUUAUGUUCACACUAGCACAAAUGUUUCCGCAAAGAGUUAAAGUGGAACGCAUUGGAACUACAGCAGAAGGUCGCGACAUCAACAUGAUCGUUGUAGACUAUUCUUCCCCGAAAAAUAUUACCGUAGUUGCGAACUUAUGUGCACGAGAAUGGGUCGCUAUGACGUCGAUGAUUUAUUUCAUCUUAGAAAUUGUUUCCUGGCCUGAAAGACAUGACGAUCUUAGAGAAUUCCGAUGGAACAUUGUUCCGAUCGGUAAUCCGGAUGGUUAUGAGUAUACAGUCAAUCACGAACGUUACUGGAACAAGAAUAGAUCUCCACAACCUGGUGGGACCUUCGGCGUUGAUCUGAACGCGAAUUUUGGAUAUCUGUGGGGAAAUUCAAAACCCAACAACCCAACAGACGAAACAUACCGUGGUUCAGCUCCAUUUUCAGAGGAAGAAACAAAAGCGAUCGGUACUCUGCUAGCCAGUUCGAUCAAUAGUACCAUUCUCUACAUCGAUAUACAUGCAUCCGCUCAAAGCAUCAUUUACCCUUGGGUGUAUACUGAGGAACCAGCACAGCGAGUGAACGAAACUAGAUCCGUCGCCCGUGCAGGUGCUGAUGCAGUGAAAGCAGAAUCUGGUACUAUUUACAAGGUUGGCACAUUGUCGGAAUUACUACAUUACAAUUUGUAUGGAACAAGUCUCGAUUACUGCAAUUCUUUGUCCAUUAACGCAUGCAUUUGGCUCGAUAUAUCGAAUAAUGGGUACGAUCUGGAAGUUGGCGACAUCCCAAAAUAUGGGAAGGAAGCGCUAGUAGCAAUUAAAGCGAUGGCCAAAGAAGCGAACCAAUUAAUCCUAUCAUAAGCAAAACUAUUUGAGGAAAAAAUAAAUAUAUUUUUAAGCUCAAGCUCAACAA